GACUUCCGACUGGGUGCCCGGUCUGGCUCCACCGGUUCACCGUCUCUCUCCCCCCUCUCUCGCAUCGCUACCUCCGCCGGCGUCGCUCCAUCUCCGACCCCCCGGUGCGGCGGCGCUGCCCAGCCUUUGUCACGCGCCGCUGUGGGCCUCGCCGUAGGCGCUAGAGUCAGAGAGGGCUGCCUGUCUCUGGGCCUCGACGGCCUCCUCGCUCCUCCGCGGCUGCCACGACCUAGCUCGCCGUCGGUCAGCACCAACAGUCCCACCUCGAAGGCAGACUAGACUUUCCACGCGCGGCCCCGCCAUGGGCGCCGAGGUCGCCCAGAUCAGCGCCUUCGCCGCCUUGGCCGCCCACGCGCUCUGCCUCGCCGGCCUCGCAGCCGCCCACUCCCUCGCCGGCCGCGGCGCGCUCGUCUCCGACCCCGCCCACGCGCUCCGCCUCCUCGUGGUCUGUGAGGCGCCGCUUGUCAUCGUGGUGUUCAGUCUGCUCCGGCGAGAUCCCAAACGCUGCUCGUUCCUUAAGGCUGCUGCACGGGGAUUGCUUGGCUUGCCCAUAGGGGCAUUCGUAAAUGCAUUUGGUGCUAUUGUUCUUGGCGCGCCUGUUGGAAUCAAGUACUGGAUAGCGACAAUCUAUUGGUCAAGUCUUAUGUCGCUGUUCACAUUUGUUCCAGCAGCAUGUGUCUUUGGAGCAUCCAAAGUGGAUUGGCAGAACGCGCUUUCUCAUACUAUUUAUUGCACAUCAUCCAAUGUUGUGGACUACAUGAUCUCUGCGCCUUCUCAUGGAGCUGUAAUAGGAGCGUGGCUUGGUGCUUGGCCUAUGCCCCUUGACUGGGAGAGAUCUUGGCAGGAAUGGCCAAUAUGUGUCACUUAUGGUGCAAUUGCUGGGCAUGUGAUUGGCAUGUUAGUAUCGCUGAUCCUCAUAGUUGCUCACCAGAGAAGAGCUCGUGUCAAAGCUGACUAGCCUAUGGAUGAUGAAUACCUUUUUUCCUUUAAUGAUUUACGCAGGUUAUGCUAUAGAUUGUUUCUUCCCAAAAAGCAAUGUACUUUUGGUUAGAUUUCCAGUUGAGUCAGAGUACUGGUGCCUUCCAGUAGCUUGAUAUAUUAGUGGCACUCAUUUACCUUUUGGGGGAUGAAGAUUAUUUUCUUCAGAGCUCUUUCUUAUGUUAUGAGACUGAUUGCCAUUUGGUAUUUUUAUUGAGAUGAGAGGGUUUUUGUU